AUGAACAAGCACAUGUUGAGGAAGAUAUCAUUUGAUCGCAUUACAGUUUAUGGUCACCGAGGAUGGGCUAGUUCUGGGAUCGUCCAGGGUCUGGCUAGCUCAGGUGCUCCUGUUUGGGUCCUCCAUCGCCCUGGCUUCGAUACUUCAAGCCUACCAGCCAAUGUCGAGACCGUCGAAGUUGACCUGACUGAUCAGAAAUCAUUGGUUCACAAUCUCAAGAAAAUCGAUAUCGUCAUUGGCGCGACCAAUCAACAUCACUUUGUUGAGGCAAUCCCGAAAACACAAGUGCAGCUAUUUGUUCCCUCUGAUCUAGCCGCAAGAUGCGAUGACCAGGGCAACCGUAUUCCGGUGAACAGGAACAAGGUCGAGGUUCAGGAAGCAGCUCGCCAAACCGGAAUUCCUACCACAGUCAUUUCCUUCACACGCCAGCACUGGGCGUCGACUGCGAAACCAAUUGAAACCAAUUCAUCGGCAAAAUGCCUCAGAGCCUCUAAAUCUUUGCACUCGACCCUACGUGGCAGCAGCUUACACAAGUAUUUCGCUUCCACGUCAAAACCCAAACAUAGAACGAACGGCCUCUACCAAUUCGACACAACCUGUCGCAUGCCGCGACACGUCCAUAUGGCACCGAAAAAGGACGGAUCAGGCAUGCGCUACGUGGUCGAAAAGAUAAUUGUCCUGAACUUAGUCGCCAUUGCCGAGUUAGCGGGCGAGAUAUACGUCGUACCCCCCAAGACAAUGGUCACGAUUAGUCCGGUUGUGCCGCACUCGUGGGUGGCUGCGCCAGCCGGGCUCGAUCUGCAGGCUGUGGGGGUCGCGGACGAACCUGUCGUUUUUGACGGACAGUUUCUUGCUGUUUUGGGAUAUGAGGCUCCAACUGCUUUCUUUCCGACUGCUGCAAUGGAUACCUUAGGUGGAGACGAUGAGCAUGUAAGAUGUGAGCAUUUGAAGGGGAUUCGUAUACCACCAAUGAAUGUGCAAUUCUUGAAGGAAAAGACUUGGUCUAUAUGGGACAGGUCAUGUCAGAAUUUCUCCAAGCAGAUGGGGAUAUUCCUCAUCUCUGGACGCCCGCAGCUUCUGGGCUCGUACCGAGCGUUAAGGAGUCUCUGUCAUGCAAAGAGACGCUAUGCGACACAGAACCUAACUACACCUUUCGCAUGCACAUGGCUCACAAAAGCAGCACAAGAAACAACUCCCGAUGAUGUCCUGUCCUGUCUUCCUUCGGGGCCUGUGAACCCAUCAGCUGCGCCCGUUUGCAUUCCCCUCCUCCUCGUUACCCCGAACUUCGCCCACUGGCUUGAUCCUUCCAGUCCUUUCCUAUCGCAAUUCUUCACUCGACUCUACGGGAACUCCUCGGGUGUCAAUUCUUUCCAUGCCGUCACUGCUGUGGUGGAUACUCUCCCCGAUAUUACAUCCAGUAACCCAGAUUCAAAUGAAUCGGAAGGGCUAUCCCUUCUCGCGGUAGGUCAAUCAGAUGUGCAAGCAAAGGCUGCACCCCCGCGUCUCAUCAGAAGUUCUGCUAGUGAAGAAACAAAUCUCCUGUUCUCAAUCCAAAGCCAUCCCAACGGUCAAACCACCAAGAUGUCUGCACAUGAAAUCGGAUUGCGCCUUGCCAACACUAUUUUCUUCAACGGGAAAGACACAACCUUAUUUGGUACACGCUGGCUUUGGAAUAACGACUCAAAUGAGUAUGUCUUGGACAAAUCAGUCGAUUUCACAAGUUGCAUGAUUACGGCUCGCGCCGAGGCUGUGGACGCUACACUGGAGCUUCCGCUGCACCAAGUCACUGAACGACGAAGGGUCAUGACUAGCAUGGGAAAUAUUCUACGGCAGCUCGCAAAGUCUACAGAUGCAACAUCGACCGAGACAAUUCCUGCUUCGACGGAUCUUGAAAAGGAGCUCCCACGGUAUAUAAAAGAACACAAUAUUGUUGAUCAUCGAGUAUCUGUAUGGGCGCUGGUCGAAAAACCUGACCUGGUGGUAGCUGAUUCAGGAUCAUCAACCCAUGAUCGUCUGAUUCAGUCUCUCCAACAAGGCGGGAAACUGCACCGUGUCAUGAGUGGUGGAGGUGGAUGGGGCAAGAAACAAGGUCUUCUUUCGCUCGACCCUGAAGUCAGUUUUUCAGGGACAGUCAAUCGAGACGAUCUUGUCUCCGUGACUCGAAUUUUCGACCCUGAGAGUGGUAAACCAUUGGAUACACUGCCUUCUAUCGAUCAAGGAAUCGCUUUGGAUGAUCUAUCCCUCCUUUCUCAGGUCGCUACAGCAGGUGACUAUAUUCAGUUCUUUGUGUCGGUAGAACCGACCGAGAGCAAAGUCUCGAGCAAAAGUGACUCUAAUGAAAAGGCUGUGAGCUACCACUUUGGUAUGGUGGCUGACUCCAUGGAACUUGAAGCAUAUAACGUCGAGGACAACAGUGGAAUUGUCACUCUUCCUCAAACAUUUGGCGCAUUGUCCGAAAAGGCGAUCGCCUAUUCCCAGCCAGUGACUGGCCAUACGGGGUCGAACUCCAGCACGAAACUUGAUGUGCCAGCAUCUCGAGUGAUCCUUCAAUCUGUAUAA